AGGUCAUGGCGACCGCGCCGGGACGGACGGACGGAAGGUGUGGGGCCCGCCGGGGGCGCCUCCCGCCUCGCGCUGGGCGAGUCCGGGGGCUACUCUCGGGUCGGGUUUCCGCGGGCUCAGGAUGAAGACCAUUCUCAGCAAUCAGACUGUGGACAUUCCAGAAAACGUGGACAUCACUCUGAAGGGACACCCAGUUAUGGUGAAGGGCCGCAGAGCCACCUGGCAGAGGGACUUCAAUCACAUCAAUGUAGAAUUUGGUUUCCUUGGAAAGAAAAAGAAGAGGCUCUGGGUUGACAAAUGGUGGGGAAAUAGAAAGGAACUGGCUACUGUUUACACUAUCUGUAGUCAUGCACAGAACAUGAUCAAGGGUGUUACAUUGGGCUUCUGUUACAAGAUGAGGUCUGUGCAUGUUCACUUCCCCAUCAACAUCGUUAUUCAGGAAAAGGGUUCUCUUGUUGAAAUCCGAAAUUUCUGGGGGGAGAAAUACAUCUGCAGGGUUUGGAUGAGGUCAGGUGUUGCUUGUUCAGUAUCUCAAGCCCAGAAAGAUGAGUUAAUUCUUGAAGGAAAUGAUGUUGAACUUGUAUCAAAUUCAGCUGCUUUGAGUCAACAAGCCACAAACAAGGAUAUCAGAAAAUUUGGGGAUGGUAUCUGUGUUUCUGCAUGCUGUUGAAUCAGAUCUAAGUUGUCCAGCUACAGAAACGCCAAGAUGUUGACUUAACUCGUACUUGUGAGUUACUCGUAUUUGUGACUUACUUGUAUUU